AUGCGGGCGGUGCCGCCUGUGCGGGGGGAUGAGGUCUCGCGCAGCUCGCGCAUUAUCGUUGUUGGGGCGGGUAUUGCAGGGCUGAGCUGUGGCAUUGCCCUGCACCGCCUUGGCUUUGAGGUGCUGGUCCUUGACAAGGUGCGCGAGCUGCGCGAUGCUGGUUCGGGCAUGAGCGUGAUUGGCCACAGCUUGGUUCUGCUCGAGGCUCUGGGCGUGAACAUUGAAGAGCUGGGCCUGCGGCAAGUCAAUGUGUCUUUGCGCAGUUUUGAUGAUCGCUGUCUGUUUCAAGUCCCACUGGAUGCAGACCCAGCUCUGGUUCGGCGUUAUGGCUCGGUCCAGUACAACGUGCACCGCGGUGAAUUGCAGCAAGCCCUUCUGCGGGCUGCGCUAGCUACAGGCGUGCAGGUGUUGACGGGCUCGCGUGUGGUGGGCUUUCGCGAAGGUCCCACCGAUGUGGAGGUGCUGCUCGAGAGCGGCGCCACCUAUCACGGAGCUUUGCUUGUUGGUGCCGAUGGAACCAACUCGGUGGUGCGCCGGACACUGCUUCCCCAGCAUCAGGCUCGGUACAGCGGGUUCUCUUGUUGGCGGGGCAUCACCGAGACGCCGCCAGCCUCGGCCACCCGACACGGAGACCGAAUGCUCAAAACCAUUGUCCAUCGUCCGGGCGACGAUGUCAGCUUCACGGCGGGCUUUGCGCCGCGCAACCGCUGUUUCUGGGUCCUUGAUGUGCGCUACCCCGCGAACACAUUGAUGCCUGGCCGUGAUGGCAAAAGAUACGUGUUGGAGCGCAUGACGAACUUGUCGUCAGAGUUCAAGGAUAUCGUUCAGGCCACCCCUGAUGAGAAUGUACUGCAGACGGACAUUUAUGAUAGCGACCCCUUUGACUGGCACCGAGGGGGGCGGGUGGUACUGAUUGGAGACGCCGCCCAUCCAGUGGUGCAUCACUUUGGACAGGGGGCAUGCUUGGCAGUGGAAGACGCCGUGCGGCUGGCCCGCAGCUUACACGAAGCCCAUCCAGACGUGGCGAUGAGCGGCGAGCGGCGGCCGGUUUUGUCCUUGGCUACAGUGCGUCAGGCACUGGGAAGCUAUGCCAGCCUGGGCGCCCGGGCUCGUGCGUGGUCGUUGGUGUAUAUAUCGCGGUGGUGCGGUGACGCGUACAUGCACAACAUGCCGUGGCUCAACUGGGGUCUGCAGCUGUGUUUGGUUUUUCCCUUCAACUUGGUGUUUAUCGUGGUGAUGAAAGUAUUGCUGUUUUGGGCGCAGCGUGAUCUGCGCACAUUUGCCGAGGCACACCUCACCGCCAAACGCACGUGAACCGGUGUUGAAGUGAGCUACCCUUGUGU